GCUAAACUAAUGUGACAAUGACAAGAAAAAUCAAAACAAACUCAUAACAAACUGCAAAGAAGUCUAAUAACUAAUUUUUAGUUUUUCAGUGAAUUUUCUGAUUUUUCCACCGUUUUUCAGUGCCAUUUCAAAGUUUAUUGAUCGCUGAAACAUGUGAAAACAUUUGUAUGUGCAGAAAUGUGAUAGAGACGUUAGAUUUUGUUUGUGUAACAAGCGUAACUUGUUAUUACGAUGCUUACAAGGAAACCUGUAUUUAUUAGGCCAGGUGAUGACACUCUCUACCCAAUAAAAAACAAAGAUGGAGCCAUAGAGACACUUAUAAACCCAAACAUAGACUCAGCUUUGACCAUAGACAAGGAUGCACAGACAAACUUUGUGUACAACAGAUACCACCACCUACCAUUAGAGACACAAAGGCAGAAGCUACCUGUCUUUCAGUAUAGGAACCAUAUACUGUAUCUGUUGGAGAAAUAUCAAACUUUGAUCUUAAUUGGUGAAACGGGGUGUGGGAAGUCUACUCAAGUACCUCAGUAUCUCUACGAAAUCGGCCACAAGGUAUGCGUAACACAGCCGCGCGUGGCCGCGGCGCUGUCGCUCGCGAGCCGAGUCGCGGACGAGCGCGGCGAGCCGCUCGGCGAGCGUGUUGGGUACGCCGCUGCUAUGACUGCUAUGCGCACUCUGGACACCGGUAUAGUGUUCAUGACAGAAGGGGUUCUUUUGAGGGAGAUGUUUGCAUCACCGUUGCUUAUGCAGUACUCAUGUAUAGUUCUAGAUGAGGUCCAUGAAAGAUCACAAAUGACAGACGUUCUGAUGGGGUUAUUAAAAAAAAUUGCAAGAAAAAGAAAGAACCUAAAAAUAGUAGUUUCAUCAGCAACUAUGGACGCGGAUUUCCUGAAAGACUUCUUCAAUCUGAAGGACAAAAAGGACAAAGGCAGAAGCACGUCAGUUAUCAUGGCGAUGCAAGGCAGGACACAUCCUAUAGACGUAUUUUACGUCGAAGAACCGGUACCAGAUUAUGUGAAAGCCACAGUCGACACAGUUAUAAAGAUACAUGAAAAUGAACCUUUUGGGGACAUACUGGCGUUCCUGACUUCACAAGAAGAGAUACUCUCUGCUUUGGAUGUUUUAGACACAUAUGCGUCAGAGAAUAAUGAGAAGAACAAAUAUAGGAAGCAAUUCCCCAGCGGCAUAUCCGCGUCCAACCUGACCAUAGUACCGAUGUAUGGAAGCCUACCGCAUUAUAAGCAAGUGAAAGCGUUCCAGAUGUGUGAUAGAAAUGUGAGGAAAGUGGUGCUGGCAACUAAUAUCGCUGAGACUAGUGUCACUAUACCCGGCGUUGUUUAUGUGAUCGAUUGCGGGUUCCACAAACUCCCACACUUCGACCCAGCGGUGGGCGUGGAGAGUGUGUCCGUGUGUCCCAUCUCUAAGCACAACGCCACGCAGCGGGCGGGCCGCGCGGGCAGGACUAGUCGCGGGAAAUGCUAUAGAUUAUACACAGAAUCGGAUUAUGACGACUUACCACCAAGUGUGCCGCCCGAGAUGUGCAGAAGUGAUCUAUCAGCCAUAUUAUUACAGUUAAAGGCACUAGGAAUACAUAAUUUACUAAGGUUCACAUUUCCGACCCCACCUCCCGCCAAAAGUCUACUUGCGGGGUUAGAGACCCUAUACGCAUUAAAAGCAAUUGAUAAAGAAGGAGAUUUGACUGAAGAUUUGGGGGUCAAAAUGGCCGAAGUACCCUUAAAACCUAUGUGUGCCAAAAUGCUGUGUAGUAGCGGUGAUUUCGGAUGCAUAGAUGAAAUUCUAUCAAUAGUAUCGAUGUUGCAAGUGGAUGGUAUUUUCACCAAACACGCCACGGGUAGAGACAACAUAGCCGCUAGAAUAUCUAGACGGAAUCAUUUUGAGGUCGCCGAAGGUGAUAUAAUAAUGUAUUUGAAUAUAUUCGAUUCAUAUCUAAAAGUAAGAUCGAACUUAGAUGAAAAGAGAGCAAAAAAAGCAUGUAAAGACUGGUGUCAGAAGAUGUAUAUCAAUUAUAGGGUUAUGGAAAAGGCAGUGGAAAUAAGAAAUAGUUUUGAGAAACUAGUCAAAAAUAAAUUCGAACUGACGAAUGCAACAUUCGAAGGACUGGAUUUAGGAACAGAAAAAUGCGUUCGAGUAAUGAAAGCAGUACUAUCGGGUUUGUUCCCUCAAGCCGCGUACCUAUCGCCGGAUAACACGUACCGCGGUAUCCGAGGCGCGGUAUUACAUAUCAGCCCCGAUUCCUGCUUGUAUCAUGUCCAACAACCAAAAUGGGUGGUAUUCGCGAGCGUGCAGAGUGCAAGUGAUAAGACGUACAUGCGUGACAUGAUGACCAUAAACAAGCAAUGGCUAACAGAAAUCGCGCCGCAUUACUAUAAGGAGACUUGACUAUGAAUAAACUUUUUUAUAAGUA